UCUUGCAUCAGUUUCAUUCCCUUCGCCCCCCGUUCCUUUCACUGAUAAGAAGCUGUUUUGCGUGGACGUUUGUGUGUUUCUCUUUUUACUGUAUCUCUCCAAACAUCUGAGGUUAUAUAGUGUGUUAGCAAGAACGAAGAACUUAGAUGGAAAGGGAUUUUCUUUGAAGCAUAGAAGCGGAAUUGCUAUUAAUAUUUAUCAUUUUUUUAUAACUCGAGAUCUAUAUUUCGCUUUCUUUAUGUGUUCUCUUGAUCUUGCAUCCGAUGUGAAGGUAUGCUGACAAAAGUUAGGAAAGUGACCCAAAAGAUAUCCCAUAAAUUUAUUUGUCCCAUAAUCAAAAUGCGGGGGGGAAAAAAAAUCUUUCUGAGUCGCUUAGUCGUCAUUAUAGUGUGCUCCUAAUUCCUUAUGUGAAGGGGAUAUGUUAUUAUAUGUCACCAUAAAAGAGGUUUCCUAGAUACUACUACUCAUCGUUGACAUGGAAAUGGGACGUCUUUUGUGCUACAAGAAUUAUGAGUUUCUAUGAAUAUAUGUAGAAGAAUAAUUAGCUAGAUUGUUUCAAAUUGCAAAACGGAUUUAAUUUGACCUUGUCUAGAACUGCCUUAUCACUUUCCAGGGUUCCACCUUUUCCUCAGUGGUACAGAUUAAUUUUUCAUCGAGUAGAUAGAAUUGCAGCAUGAGAACAUUUGGGCAGGGAAAAAAAAAGAAGGAAAGAAUAGUGGUAGAUUGUUCCUUAUUCCUUUAGUUGUUAAGUUAUAAUUCUAAUCUCCUCCAAAUCGUUCGACAAUAUAGUCCUGCUGGUGCACAAGUAAAUGCUUCUGGCUUUUAAGCUGAAGCAAGUUUUGGCUUGUUGCCCAUUUCACUUCAAAUGUUUAAGGACAUGAUAUGGCCUUGACUGGGGGAAUAUCUUUCAUUGAUUGAUCUUUGGGCUGGUCUCUAUUGCUUGUUUGCCUAGGACUUCAGAUGUUUGAACAGGGUUCUAGUUCAAUUAUAUAUACAUAUAUAUUCAUAGUUCCUGAUUUGGUGAAUUAUUUUCCGGUGACCAUCUUUGCCACUUUAAAGUUAAUGUCAUUUGAUACAUUUCUUACAUAUUAGCGACUUAUAUGCGAAAUGAAAUCUGGUACAUAUUUCUGACUGAAUGUUUAAACAUGGUAUAGCAGUUGAAAGAAGGCCACUAUUUUAGCAAUAAUAUUGCAUAGGUUUUCUUAUUUGGUUGAAGAAAUGGUUUUUUUUUUUUUGGUUUAUCUUUGUUCUCAGGUCAUUAUGAUUAUAAAAGGAUUGUUUGGAAGAUGUGAAAGGUGGAACCCAGUUCAUCCAACCUAUGGAACAUUUUGGGGGAUGGGUGUGGGCAUUGGCUGUGGUGUUGGGUGGGGUCCAGGAUUUGGCCCUGAAGUGGUGGGCUAUGUUGGAGCUGGCUGUGGUGUUGGAUUUAGUGUAGGUAUCACUCUGGCUGGCUUUGGUAUAGGUCUUCCUAUGAACUUCUGUCAAGCUCCUUAUCAAGGAAGAGGCUCUGCAUUGGAGUCAGCACAUUUCAAUGGUUUUCUUUCUGGAAAACAUGUUGCCGAGGAUAGCUGGAGUGGAAUUGUACGUGGUGUUUCUUACUUGCAAAGAGAAGCCACGGAGAAAUUGUCUAGCUUUAGGCAAAGGCAGUUAUUGAUCAAGGGAAAAGAUUGAUGGCUUCUGCAGCUGCCAAAUUUGUAGCCUUCAUUUCCCUUAGCUGCUGAGGAGGAAGUAACAUUGACAACCUUCAAUCUUUCAGAACGAGGCUUUGUACUAUAGAAUGUAUUUUGGUCUAGUUUUUUAGAGAAGCCGCGUGUCUUUUUCUUGUUCUUUAAUUGGUUCAUGUACAUAGAGUUUACUCAAAUCAUUUCUGUAUUUACCUAUUUUAUAAUGAUUAUUUCGUAUGAGUUACUUUCCUACUCAAA